AAACGUUACGAUGAUAUAAAAUUCACCGUGCUACAAAAGUCUUUGAUGCGUUUAGAGGCAAUAGUUUUGUAGUUAACGUAGUCCAAAGUCUUGGAUGCGUGUGACUGGAGUCCAAAGAGCACUCCGCAAGCCGGCUCCGUGAAAAGGAUGGCAACUUCUAUUUUGAAAGCAGUGCAAUUCGCACGACUACGGAGUCCGUGUCUAAAAGCUCACAAACAUUGGUUUAGCACAUCAUCAGCUUUACAAAAGCAUCUCAAAUAUGAAGUGAAGGAUGAUGUCGCAGUGAUUACAUUUGAUACACCAGAGUCAAAGGUAAACACUUUGUCCAGAGAUGUCCAGUCAGAAUUUGAGGAAUGUUUCAACAAGGCCUCGAAAGACCCCAAUGUUCACAGCAUGGUUGUCAAAUCAGGGAAGCCAGGAUGUUUCAUCGCAGGGGCUGACAUUGGAAUGCUAUCGGCUUGUAAAACAGCAGAGGAGGUGGAAACCUUGUCACGGAAUGGACAGAUUCUGUUCCAAAAAAUGGAGGACAGUAAAAAGCCAAUAGUAGCUGCCAUAAUGGGAACAUGCUUAGGAGGAGGGCUGGAGGUGGCUCUGGCUUGUCAGUACAGAGUGGCUGUGAAGAGCAAGAAGACAUCAUUAGCCGCUCCAGAGGUGAUGCUGGGCCUGUUACCAGGAGCAGGGGGAACUCAGCGACUCCCAAAACUGCUUCCAAUACAAGCUGCUCUGGACAUGGUGCUGACAGGGAAAAACAUACGAGCUGACAAAGCCAAGAAAAUGGGACUAGUGGACCACCUGGUGGACCCAUUAGGACCAGGCAUUGAUAGCCCGGAGGUCAGGACCCUGGCUUAUCUAGAGGAGGUUGCCAUUGGAGAAGCCAAACGGUUGGGAGGUUUAGGAGGUUCGAGCAAUCCAAGACUCGCCAAAAAGAAAAACUUAAUGCAAAAAGUAACAGAUCUGAUGAUGGCCAUACCUGCUGGAAGAAAUUACAUUUUUGACCAGGCCAAAAAAGCAGUUUUAAAGCAGACAAAGGGAUUGUACCCAGCCCCCUUGAAAAUCAUUGAAGUGGUUAAAAAUGGCAUAGAAAACCCCUCUACUGGAUAUGAAAUGGAGGCCAAGUGUUUUGGGGAACUGGCCAUGACUAGUGAAUCGAAAGCUCUGAUUGGACUCUACAAUGGCACCACAGCUUGUAAGAAGAACAAGUUUGGUGAGCCAAAGCGUCCUUCACAAACAAUUGGUAUCCUGGGAGCAGGACUAAUGGGGGCUGGAAUUGCUCAGGUCUCAAUCGACAAGAACAUGCAUGUGUUCAUGAAGGACAUGUCUCUGUCAGGCCUGGCUAGGGGUCAGGAGCAAGUCCACAAAGGUCUCCAGACAGACGUCAAAAAGAAGAAGUUCACAACAUUUGAGAGAGACUUAAUUUACUCUCAUAUGGACGCCACACUACACUAUGACGACUUCCACAAAUGUGAUAUGGUCAUCGAGGCGGUGUUUGAAGACUUGAACAUCAAGCAUCAUGUGAUUAAGGAGGUGGAGCAGUACAUACCAGAGCACUGUGUUUUUGCUUCCAACACAUCAGCAUUACCCAUCAGUCAGAUCGCCAAGGCCAGUCAGCGACCAGAAAAGCUCAUUGGAAUGCAUUACUUUUCGCCUGUUGAUAAAAUGCAGCUUCUAGAAAUCAUCACAACACCAGAAACCUCCAAGGACACAGUGGCUACUGCUGUUGAUGUGGGACUCCGUCAGGGAAAAUUAGUCAUCAUUGUUGGGGACGGUCCCGGCUUCUACACGACCAGAAUCCUGGCACCGAUGUUGGCAGAAGCUGUCCGACUUCUCCAGGAGGGUGUGAACCCCCAACAGCUAGAUAAGGUGACCACAAGCUUUGGCUGGCCAGUUGGAAUGGCCACUCUAGCCGAUGAAGUGGGCAUUGAUGUGGCAUCCCAUGUUGCUGAGGAUCUUGGGAAGGCUUUCGGCAGUCGAUUUGGAGGAGGUGACCCCGCUGUACUGAAAGAAAUGGUGGCAGCUGGAUGUUUAGGAAGGAAAUCUGGGAAGGGAUGCUUUGCGUACGAUCCAAGUAAGGGCAAAAAGAAGGGGAAAACAGAAAAUAUGGAGGCCCUGGCCAUCUUAAACAGGCAUCGCCUUGCUCCUACGGAAGCAAACACGACAGAGGAUCACCAGUACCGACUCUUCUCGCGAUUUGUCAAUGAAGCCGUCUUCUGUCUUCAGGAUGGAAUUCUUAUGACUCCUUUGGAGGGAGAUAUAGGAGCUGUCUUUGGUCUUGGAUUCCCACCAUUUUUCGGAGGUCCCUUCCGUUACUUGGAUUUACACGGCGCUGGACAGUUAGUGGACAGAAUGAGGCGGUACGAACAACUAUACGGAGAACAAUUCACACCAUGCCAGCUGUUACUGGAUCAUGCGAAAGACUCUUCAAAGAAAUUUCAUGUGUCAAAUUAAUCUGGAGUUAUAGCAUAAUCUGAACAAGUCAUGUGAUGAGGCUUAUGGUGUAGACAUUAAGUGCAUCAUCUGAUGAUGUGAAUCUUGUGAUAUCUCAUUUCCUGUUGGGGAAGACUUCAUACAUGCAGUAGUUCUCAUUGUUACAACAGGUCAUACAUGUAUUUAUAAAAUAAACUCUCAUAUUUAUAUUAAACAAAA